AUGGAGACAGAAUAUUACUCUAUCUUGUGCUAUGAUGGCGUCGAACGAACUUUCAAGUGUCAGUCCACUCAGACGCAAGAAGAGGAUAUGGAUAUACCUUUUGAAGUUGACUCAGAUAUAGUUGCUGUUACAAGUGAAGGGACUGAAGAUAUAAAUAUUCUGGGUGACGAAUACACAGAAAGUCGAGAAGAGAACGAAAGUACUGAUUUCGAUAAUAUGAGAAAAUCUGUAUCAUUUCGCAAAACUCCAGUCGAACUCAUUGCUCCGGCUAAAUAUGUGGACGAUGAAUAUGGAGUGGAAAGUGCACCAGAGUCGUCUUCCGAUAAGGAAGAAUAUCCUACUAAGGAAGAAUAUACAAAUCGUGAAUGGAUAAAUAAACCAAUAUCUAAUUGGAUUAAUUAUGCUUAUGUUAAUAUUCCUAAUAGUUUGGAUAAAGUUGAUAAUUUCAAAAGUGUAAAAAAUGAACAAAAUGUAAACAAUAAUUUCAAUUUUCCUUAUAUAUUACAAGUUGUAAAAGAUAUAUGUUGUAGAAAUAAUCAAGAACAGUUGAAAUUAUCUUCAUUGGCUCAAACAUACGCUAAACGAAUUGCAAUAGCAGAUGGUAGUAAAAAUUGUAAAUUUUGUGGCCGAAUUCUGUCGUCUACAUUGACAAAAUCAUUUCAUUUAUCAAAUGAAGAAUAUUGUUGCGAUCGAUAUCAUCGUCUUUUUCGUUUGGCAGUUAGUUAUUCUGAAUUAUUAUACAAACGUUAUCGUCAACAACGACGUGAUCAUAAUAAACAGAAAUUAAAUAAUCUGACAGAAGAUGCAUCAGAGAAUCAAAUCAAUGAAUCUGGCACAAAAAUUUCAGGAUCAGAAACAGAAUUAUUAAGUAAGUUGGUCAUUAAAGUAUAUUUGUAA